GGAUGCAGAGACUUCCUGGGGCAUCCCGCAAGGGCAGAGAGAGGGAACUGCCGUCCCCCCACAACCCCGCAUCCAAAAUUCCAGGCUCUCAAAUUGAACCAUUACGACUUCUUGUAAACUAUUUGCAUAAGGGGAAGCAAAUGCAUUCUUGCCAAUUCAGGUGUGUCUGCAGAAACUGUAUAAACUGACAUAACCAGUCAGAGCUGGGGAUCUUACCCCACUGAUUGCAAUGGAGCGAUGGCUUAUUUCACCAACUGGGGAUCUAGGGUCAGUGAUUUCAAUGGAGCUGCCCCAAUUCACACCAGACCGGGAUCUGGCCCCACGCUCUCUACAUGGAACUGACCCCACUCCAGCGCAUGCAUCCAUGGGUUUGUCAAGUGCUUUGGGAUCCUUCAGAUGCAAAUCCCUAUAGAGAAAUGCAGGUAGUCCUAGCACUGUCAGCUCUAACUGAGCCUGCUGCGCAGGGCUGUGGCUGGGCAGAUAAAACACCGACACAAGCCAGCCAGAGUAACCCGACAAUUCUCUCCACAGGUAAAUCCUUGAGUUUCGCCAGACCCCACAGGACGGGACAAGGAAGAUUCAGUGACCUGGAGUUGAUUUGGUCAGUGCCUGCUAAGGCCUGUUUGACCCUGGGGAUAAAAGCAGUGUCAAGGAAAGCUUUGAAACAGUUCAUUCGAAAACAACCCAGACACCGUCUGGCAGGUCGGGGUAUUCGGACAAAACUCACAAUCAAAUUAUAUUUGAAAGGUGUUUUUCUGAUCACCCCACGUAGCCAAACCGCGCUUGAGCUGUAAUCGAGUGAGCUGCUUUGAAACUGUCCUUAAGAAGGGCUCUGCCAGCACCUGCAGACCCACUGUGAACAGGCCUUAGUUACUGGUGGCUGCAGAAAGGUGGCUCAGAUGAACGAGUCUCCCGUUUUGGAGUCCAUGAGUCUUUCGGGGAGAGAGAAGAUGUGCAACGAGUUGUCUUCUGUUGAGACAACAGAGCCAGAGCCAGACCUGGGUUCCCAGGAAACCCCAAUGAAAGAAAACAGAACAACUCCUUUGACCGUCCCCGCACAGGGUGGAGAAAGCUGCACAAUCUGCCCUACAGGUUUGCUGUCUUGGUUGACAUCACGGGCACAUCGCUGGGCAGUUCCGAGUGUCGUUCUCAAUCUCCUACUGAGCAUCAUCAUCGUCGUCCUCAUCGCCGUGUCAGCUCCAGCAAAGAAAUCUGAGCCAUGUUCAGCUGGUCCUGCCUGCCCAGACGGCUGGAUUGGGUACCUAGGGAAGUGUUACUAUUUCUCAGAGACUGAAGGAAACUGGACCUACAGCCAGAACAACUGCUCUGCACUCGGUGCCUCCCUGGCUGUGAUUGACACCCAGCAGGAAAUGGAUUUUCUGCUGAGCUAUAAAGGAUGCUUUGACCACAGGAUCGGCCUCCGGAGGGAACCGGACCAACCCUGGAUGUGGACGAAUGGCACUGAAUUCAACAACUGGUUUAAAAUAGUGGGAGGAGGCCUAUGUGCUUUUGUGUACAAUGCCGAAAUUACCAGUUCAGGCUGCUCUAGGGAGGGACCCUGGAUCUGCCUCAAACCAGCGGAGAAAACGGAAGGCAGAGCAAAGUGACUGUGACCUGGAUGAGGCGGAACCUUGUCCUUUCAACGGGGCUGUCCCAAGCUGCCUCAAUGACUGGGGAACUGGAUGGGGCUGGCGAAAGGGGACAGCCCCAGCAGCAAGGAAGAGAGACGCUUGCUGAAAGACAGCAUCUAGCUCCUCCCCUUGGAGCCUCUGGCACCCAUUGGGCCAUUUGGGGACUGGGGUGAGGAUGCUGAUUAGCCAGCAUCCCCCAGCUCACUCUCUGGCACAGAGAAGGAAUCUUCUGACUUGGAAAUCAGAAGGGGAGCAGCCAAGCCUGCUGUGUCCCUCCUGUCAGGGGCCCAGGGCAGGAACCUGGCACGGGCUGUGGCUAGAGGCCAGUGUACCAGCUGGGGCCAUCGGGAGGUGCUGUGGCCCCUGCAGCCAUGCGAUGAAGGGGCCGGUGUGAACCCCGCAGCCUGGCGCAAGGACGUAUGAACUCUGCUGUACAGCGAGAAGGACUGUUGUGCAGGCCCUCCUGAGCGCUGGGAGAGCGUGAAGAGAUGCCACAGACAGGAGGGGAUGGCUGGAACGUGCUAGGAUAGGUGUGUGUGUGUGUGUGUGUAUACACACGUGUGUACAUAGAUAUUUGUAUAAUAAUACACCAGCUCCGAGAAGGGAAACUUUUAUUUUGUAAA